AUGCUGUUUUGGUGUCCUUGUCAUGAUAAAAAGCUCUUGGAAAAAGUUUGUUCAGCUAGAAUUCGACAUACAUUAAAUUGGGAUAAGGCGAUAGUUGUGAAAGAGCAUAUCGAGUGUGAUAUCGUUAUGCUUAUGAAAAUAGGAAACACAUGCGAGCGGAAGGCUAACAUGUCCAAAGGGAUGGACGGAUUAGCUAAAUGUUUGACACGAGUUUGGAUUAAUAAUAAGAUAAAGGAAUCAGCACUGGAGUGUUUUAAGUUGCUUCCCAUUAGGUCGUUCUUGGUUCCAGCUGCCUACGUUAAGUAUAUGGGCAUGCACGUUAAACUUUUUUUUUGCUGCGACACCUUUAUUCUGACAGCUUUGGAAUUUGAGUCAAGUAACAAACCUAAUCCGCAUAUGCUUACUUCACUUGCUUCUGCACUUGCUUACAGUAUAGUCAUAGAUGAGUUCCUUGCGUCGGGGGUAUACUCUAUACCCCCGAUGCAAGGAUGUAAAGACUCUUCUCAUAUGAGAAGUGAGCAAUGGGGGCCAUCGUUUCGUCUUGUUUUUGUAUUUACAAAAUCACGACCUGUAAGGGGUAAUUCCCAGGCCGUUUGUUAUGGUGGGAAAGACGCAAAGGCACCGAACAUUCAGUCAGACAAACAAAUUAUUUGGACCUGUGCAAACGUGAGAAUCCUGAAGGAGAAAAUGACCUCUGUCUUUCGAUUAACUAAAUUCAUUGGACGACAUAGGGUAUCAGGUAUGCAGUAUCGUUCUUUAUCAAUAAUGUCUAUGAAGCCGUGUGACUUUGUAAAGUAUAUGAAGCGAAAUAAACUCCACAGAUGCUUUAUUGUUCAUGAUGAGACCUCUAUGCAACCCAUCAGCUCAAAUGAUGAAACAACCUUCAACGAGCUCACUGAAUUUUGUUUAAACGACAAACAUGAUUAUCGAAAUCAUGAGGGUUUGUUUUUGGAGAUUGGAAAACGAAGUAGUGCCCUGUUAGGAGCAUUUGUGUGGAGAACAAAUCGAGGCCAGGCAUGUGGUGGAAUUCGUCUUUGGGAAUAUGAAACAAUGGAAGAUUACAUCAGGGAUGGACUUCGUCUUUCAUAUGGAAUGGGUGUAAAAUCUGCAUUGGCUGGUCUUUGGGCAGGUGGCGGCAAAGGUGCUGAAGAUGCUGGUGUGGCUGUAUCUGAUCUUGAUGCUGUAAAUGAGCGCACCCGUUUUAUAACCUGUAUCUCUGAAUGUAAAGGUGGCUCUGGUAAUCCAUCUAUUGCAACUGGAAAAGGGAUUGUUUGUGCAAUGGAGGCAACUUUAGAUUUCUUUGGACAUGGCAAUAUUGAGGGGAGACGCAUAGUUUCACAAGGAAGUGGAAAUGUGGCCCGUGUGAUCAUUGACUCACUUUUAGAUAAAAAUGUUGAUCACAUUCAUGCUAGUGAUUGCAAUGAGCAACAACUUGAGUUAACAGAAAAAAUGUUUGCAGAAAAAAAUUUAGGUCGCUUGCAUUUAGAGCAUGUUCCAAAGGGUGAGACAGUCACACUUGAAAUUCCAUGUGAUAUUUUAUCACCGAAUGCACUUGGAAAUGUACUAAAUGAAAAAACAAUUCCAUUGAUCAAGUCUAACAUUAUUUGUGGUGCAGCAAAUAAUCAGCUGGGUAAAACCAGUGAUAAUGAGUUAUUAGCUGACCGCGGUAUUACAUAUAUAGUAGAUUUUUUAUGCAACCGAAUGGGUAUUGUUAAUUGUGCUAAUGAAGGUUAUGGUCGAUUAAAACACGACCCUGCAAUGUUUCAACAUUUUAGUAAAGACUGGAAAGAUUCGAUUUGGAAUACAACACAAGAUGUUUUAAAGAAUGUACAAGAAAAAGGAAUUACCCCAGUAAACGCUGCAACAGAAAUUGCAGAAAGAAAAAGUCUUGAAUUGCAUCCAAUUUGGCCAAAACGUUGCAAGCAAAUUAUUCAGGAUUUAGUUCAGAGUAAGUGGGCUGAGGAAAAACGACAUUAAAAUUAUAUAUAAAUUUUUUAUUUAUCCAAAUAUUCACAUACACAAUUUUUAUUGGAUUAUAUUUAUAAAAACUAGUUGUAGGUUGUUGCUUCUUGCAACUAACAUGUUUAGCUCAGAAAACAUAUGGUAAGGAUUGUAUUAUAGAUAUCAGUGUCAGAUUUCAGAAUGUACCUUAAGGACAUUAUUGCAGUCAUAAAUUGUUGUGGCAUAAAUUAUUAUGGACAUAAAUUAUUGCGUUUUUUUUCUCAAAAAAGCAAUAAUUUUUUGUUGCCAAAUGCAAUUUACCUUUAUGUAAACUAUUGCAAAAUAAUUGAAAACAUGGCAAAAUGCAAUAAUUAAUGUCACAAGAUGUGUCACAAUUUAUGAGCAAAUUUCAAUGUUUACUGUAGUUCAUUUUAGUUAAGCAGAAUAAGAAACUUCAAAAAAUAAGAAAUUUCAUACAAAAGUGCAAAUGUUAUUGAGAAAAACAAGUCGAAAAAUGUUGAAAAAAAAUAAUAAAAUGAAUAUCGCAAAAUCAGAUAUUUCGUACUAAAUUUUGUCAGCAACUAUUUUUGUCCUCAAGGUAAGCAAUAGAUAUGUUGUUUUAUUGUUAGAAUAAUACGAAAUAAAAAUUACUGACCACACUGCUUAUGAGUUUAAAAUAAUUUUAAGAAAGUGUAAUACAUGCCUUAUGCGUGAUCUAGUUUUAAUAAAUCUUAGGCUGAGAUUGUGUGAAUGCUUUUAUUUUCUAUACUCCUGAAAUGUUGAAAAAAUUUAAAAAAGUAAAUUUAUAAAUUGUAAAUGCUCUCGCUGAAAAGAAUUUUCAAUAGGAUUCAAACUCUAAUAGUUUUAAAAGAAAAAGUCUGUCAAAAUAAGAAACCAGGUUUUAAUUUAAAACUACGUGUAAAUGCAUAUAUAACUUUAACAUUUUUAAGGCGUAUUUAGUUCAGAGUUGUUGUUUUUUAGGAUUUUGUAGAUUUUUAUGAAAUGAAAACAAAGCUUAAAUCUUUUU